UCAAUCAUCAUUUCAAAGCCUACUUGGGGCUUCCUCAAAUUUCAAUAAGAAAUAAAAAAAUAAUAAUCUGAGCCCCAGCAGCUCUACUAAUAAUACACAAAAAACAAAAAGAAAAAAAAAUAAAAAGUUGAAAAAAUGGCAAAGAGCCCUAUUGUUAUAGCUAUCUCGGCAAUAUGUGUGGUGGCAUGCGUGGCGGCUGUGACAAUUGGUGUGUCUAAGUUCGGGCAAAAUGAUAACGACAAAGCGUCUCCAAAAGGUGGCGAUGAUCACAAGAUUGCCUCUGGUACAAAGGCAGUCCAAAGCAUUUGUCAACCAACACGUUACAAGCAAGCUUGUGAGAGCACGUUGACAAAUUCUGCAGGUAACACCACUGACCCGAAGCAGCUGGUCCAGGCAGCAUUUAGGGUGGCUAAGGAUGAAAUAACCAAAGCAUUGGAGAAAUCCAACACUAUCAAGGCUGCUAAGGAUGAUCCUCGUGCCGCCGAGGGUUUGGAGAUAUGUAAGGAAGUCGUUGGUUAUGCCAUUAAUGAUCUUGAUAGAACCAUAGAUUCUAUGGGUGCCUUCACUAUGGAAAAUGUGGAUGACUUCCUUGAGGAUUUAAGGAUUUGGAUUGGCGGUGCCAUUACUUAUCAAGAAGUUUGUUUCGAGGCGUUUGAGAAUUGUACCACUGAUGCAGGCACUAAGAUGCGCAGCUUCUUCAAUGUGUCACGUGAGCUUAGCAGCAAUGCAUUGAACAUCAUCACUGAGGCCAAGUCUAUGCUUCAAUACCUUGACAUUCCCGGGCUUGACCUUAGUGCACUCGGUAAUAAUGCUGGUAGUGGUGCUGCUUCUGCUGCUAACAGACGUCUCCUUAAGGAAGGAAAGGGUGUGUGGGUUGCUGGUGAGAUGCCAGCUUGGGUCAACGACCCAAAACGCAAAAUCAUGGAUGUCCCUGUUUCUCAAAUCAAGCCUGACGCUACUGUUGCUCAGGAUGGUUCAGGGCAGUACAAGACCAUUGGAGAAGCCGUAGGAAAGGUUCCAUUGAACAACCCUACACCCUUCAUCAUAUACAUUAAGGCUGGUACUUACAAGGAGUAUGUACUCAUCGAGAAGAAGCAUACAAAUGUCGUUUUGGUCGGUGAUGGACCUACCAAGACUAUCAUCACCGGGAGCAAGAGCUUUGCUGAUGGUAUUCAAACUUUCAAGACCUCCACCGUCGGUGCUGUUGGAGAUGGGUUCAUGGCUAGGGACAUAACAUUUGAGAACACUGCAGGACCCGAUGGACACCAAGCCGUAGCCCUAAGGGUGGUGAGUGAUUUCGCCGUCCUAUACAACUGUCACAUUGUGGGAAACCAAGACACAUUGUACGCGGUGAGAGGGCGUCAAUUCUACAGGGACUGCACUGUGUCAGGAACAAUCGAUUUCAUCUUCGGUGAUGCACAAGCUGUGUUCCAAAACUGCAAGUUGUUCGUAAGGAAGCCAGGACCUGACCAACAAUGCAUGGUAACAGCCCAAGGAAGAACUGAAGAGAAAGGACCAGGAGCAUUUGUGUUUGAAGGUUGUACCGUAUCUGGUGAGCCUGACUACAAGGCCGUUAAAGAUCAGUUCCCAGCUUUCUUGGGACGUCCAUGGAAGGAAUACUCUCGAACCAUCUUCAUGUACUCUAAUAUUGAUGACUCCAUAGCUCCUCAAGGAUGGACAGAAUGGAGAGGUACCUUUGCACUAGACACAUUGUUUUAUGCCGAGUACCAAAACAAGGGCACAGGUGCUGAUACAACUAAGAGAGUUAAAUGGGCUGGGCUUAAGACUUUGACUGCACAACAAGCUGAUGGUUUUACUCCAGCUAAGUUGUUUGUUAAUGGUGAUAAAUGGAUCCCUCAAUCUGGUGUGCCAUAUGCUGCUGGAACUUUUUCUGCUGUAUAAACUCAUUAUUCUAUUAGAGGGGAUAAACAAUUUAAAUAAAUAUGUUGCAAGAUGAGAAAUUCUUUGUAACUAUACAAAAAAAAAUAAAGAAGUAGAGCUCUUUUUAAAAUCAUUUAUAAAUCGGAAAUUUAAUUUGUUGAAUUGUAGCGUACUCCGUAUUUUCUUUUGAAUAACAAAUAAUUAUUAAUUUAUUUAUAUUAUUAUAAUAUAUAAUCAUUCUCUA